ACUCGUUAAAGAGAGAGAGAGAGAGAGAGAGAGGAGGGGGGGUUUCUUUUUAGAGGCUGCCGAUUAGGAGGGACGGGGAGAGAGAGAAGAGAGCGAGGAUGGGUUUGAUAAAAGCAGCGAUUGGUGAUGCCGUAUUGACUUUCAUGUGGGUGUUCUGCGCUUCAACACUGGGGGCAGUGACGUCGAUCAUAGCAUCUGCCUCUGGGGUGCAAGGGAUGGCAACGCUCUUCAUAACCACCGUCCUUGUCUUCAUUCUUCUGCUCGUCUUUGGCAUCAUUGGUGACGCCUUGGGUGGUGCCAGCUUCAAUCCCACUGGCACUGCUGCCUUUUACGCCGCCGGCGCCAGCUCCGAUUCUCUUUUCUCCAUGGCCCUCCGUUUCCCUGCUCAGGCAGCUGGUGCAGUGAGUGGUGCUCUGGCAAUUGCUGAAGUGAUGCCCAUGCAGUACAAAAACAUGCUCGGGGGACCUUCUUUGAAAGUUGACUUGCAUAUUGGAGCGGCGGCUGAGGGGGUUUUGACCUUCAUAAUUACCUUUGCUGUCCUUCUGAUUGUGCUUAGGGGUCCCAGAAGCCCAGUUGUGAAGACAUGGUUACUUGCUAUGUCAACUGUAGCUUUGGUUGUUACCGGCUCCAAUUAUACUGGACCUUCCAUGAAUCCUGCCAAUGCCUUUGGCUGGGCAUAUGUAAACAACCAGCACAACACAUGGGAGCAGUUUUAUGUUUACUGGAUUUGCCCCUUUAUAGGAGCAAUAUUGGCUGCAUGGGUUUUCCGUAUUCUCUUUCCUCCCCCAAUAAAGGAGAAGAAAGCCUGAAAAGGCCAAAAAGAAUAAGCCUUAUUGUCAUUUGUGUUAAUGAAGAUAAUUCCCGGUUGGGACUAUUUGCAGCUUAGGAAUUGUUAAUAUCAUUUGUCAAUUUAAGACGGUGAAUGUUUUGCACCUAUAAUUUAGUGCCGCUGGUAAAAGAAAUUGCAUACUGUAUGAAGGUUUUGAAAGUUCUAAUUUCUGGUUGAUGUUUAGCUA